GCGCUGCUCUCUGUGCGGCGAGGUGGGAGAGCAUGGCUACGCCAGAACGUAGCUGUACCGCAGUUGAGCUCGGCUCCAUGCUCACUCGCACCCUCCACAGCCCCUCUCCGCGCACAUUGCUCUGCUUGAAGCAAAUCCGAGCAACGCAUCGGCUUCUGCAGGCGCCUCUGAGCCUGCGCGUCUCCUCAGCGCCGACGCCCUCUCCGUAGCUCUGGUGCUCGGUCUUCCUUCGGCGCUGGGCGCCAGCGGACCGACGAUGAGCGCCUCAGACGCGCAUGCGCUGCAAGCUCUGUAUCUCGAGCAUGGCUGGGAGUACCUCGAUCUCGGCGCCGCGCUCGAAGUCGACGCAGAGGCAGACGAGGAUGGCGAGGACGAGGAUGGAGAGACGGAAGACGACGGCCUGCCGCGCGCUCGCGAGGCGUUGCAGACGCACAUGUGGCCCAACAUGCAGCGCAAGGAGGACGAGCGGCGAGUGUAUCAGCCCGAGGAGUCUCGCUCUGAGCGCACCACCAGCUUCAAGGCCUUCUCUGCUGCUCAAGAAGCGGAGGACUCAGACAAGGACGACGCAGCCGAGAACGAGUCUGCAGAGAUCGAGAGGCGCGCCGAGGCAUUCCUCGCUUCGCUGCCGCUGCCGAGCUCAGAUCACGCAACCAGCGUCGACGCAGCAACCGACAAGGACGAAGAGCUGGCGCGAGCCUUUCUCGCGCAGCUGGAGCUCAGCUCGCUCGCCAAUGCCGCUGGGUCAGACAUGAGCGCCCGCGAGCUCGAGCUCUUUCUGCAGCAGAGCGAUCCGCACUGGCCCUCCGAGUCUGGUGCGCCGAACGGCGCAAGCACCUCUGCCACUGGCCGCUUCGACGACGACUUCAGCGACUUUGUCUCUGCUGGCGGCCUCGCAUCAGGCUCAGCAGGCUUCGACGACGCAGAUCUGGAUCAUCUGCAAGAGCCGGGAGAGCUGCGCGACUUCACGGCGGCACUGGCGGAGAUGCAGCGCGAGGCGGCACGGAUACGCGCACUGCCGGAUCCCGAGCUCAGACAUCGCGAGGCUGAGAGGGUGGCGCUGACGUUCGGCGAUGCGCUCGACAGAGGAAUGUGACGCAUGACAAUUGCUUCGUGAGUGGUGGCGCAGAGGGUCGUGAAUGUGGAUACAGAGAAGAAUGGCUGCUCGAUCAGUCGAGGUAGUCGUCGAGCUCGUCGAGCACAUCGUGCAGCCGGAAGAGCAGCGCCGCCUCGACCCAGGGCGCGCUGCGGC